CCGCCGUCGAACAAUCACCCGCCCGUCAGUGUCCGAUGAGCGCGUGAACGAACCGCGAGUACCGCGUCCUUCGCGGGUGUAAACAACCGCCAUGACGUCACCCCUGCAGUCCUCCACCCUCGACGGUCUCCCCAAGCAGUUCGUCACCGCCAUGCGCACCCUCUUCGACAUCAUGGACGACAAAAGGACUGGCUUCGUCAAUUUCACCGACAUAGAAAACAGAUGGCAAGACGACGACACGAAAGGGUUACCCAAAGGGGUCAUAGAGAGUCUUAGAAAAGUCACCCCUCCCAACGGGAUGCUGUCCUUCGAGAGAUUCUGCGCUGGUCUCAAGAUAUGCCUUUUAAGGAACCAGGUAGAGCGACGGGACAACCUGAAGCAACACCAGGAGGUGGGUGUGAAGCCCAGCAGGCCACCCUCUGCGCCCCUCCUGGACAUCGACAGCCCCCCCAAGCAGAAUUGGACGAACACGGCGGCCAUAAGGCCCAACAACGUAAUAUCCCAGCAACGCACGCUUUCCAUGCCCCAGCUUCUGCCCGAUCGAAAAGAUACGAACGUAGAAACCGUUGACAUACACGCCUUUGAAAAACCUGUUCCCAACGUAAACAAACCCACGCUGUUCGGGCCCCCCAAGCCCCCCCGCGCGGCCAUUGGCAUGGAACGGGGGGUGUCCACGGGCAACAUGGACAGGGCCGAGAUACGGACGGCCCUUCAGAAUUGGCAGAUGGGGCUGAUGAUGAACGAUCAGGAGAACAAGAACAGCGAGAAGAGGCAAGGCCAGCAGCAAUUCGCUGGGGGAUUGCUGAGGUCGGGGAGAAGCCUGGGGGAUGGAAAGGCUUCCGGCCAGGGCGAUAUCCAGGUGGGCAUGUAUCAGAAGAAGCCGAAUUCUAGGAGGAGGGAACCCAGGAGGCACACCCUUCAGAACGGGAUCGAUUACAAUAUGCUGAAGAGGAUGAAGCAGAUCGAACAGGAGAAGGAGGUGUUGAUGCAAGGGUUGAGUGCGGUGGAGAAGGCUAGGGAUUGGUAUUUGAAACAGGUGGCAGCGGUGCAGGAGAAGAUGAAGUAUCUGGGUAGAAUGGGGCAUGUGGAGCAUUGGUCUGAGGCUCAGCAAGAGAGGCUGGAGUUGCAAAGAGCCAGAGUUCUGGAAGUGAACAGGCAUCUCGCUGCCCUCACAGAGAGUUGGGAACGAGGAGGAUUACCGCUCCACAUGAAUUUAGCCGUACAUCACUACCCCCAAACACAUCAGCCACACGAUCUAAGCGACCGGUUGAAACAACAAAAUCGACUUCUGACGGAGGAGGUGAGUAAGAAAAGUGAACGAAUAUCUGCCCUGGAAAGAGAAAAGGCUAGCCUUAUCCAAGUUCUUCAAAUGAGAUCUGCACCUUCCAAUGGUCGGAACGGACAAGAAGAAGCAGUAUUUUAACAUAGAUUAAAAAUAGGUUUCAAAUUAAAUUGCAGUUAAGUCAGUGCAACAAAUGUGAUUUUUUUGUGAGAAAAGUAAAGAAAUAUAUCUCUAUUAAAAUAAUUACAAGUAUAUGAUUGUGUUACCUUCAGGAGUAAUAUAUGUACGGGUGUGUCGGUUAAUUCCCACUGGCUUUCUAGGAACUAAAAAACAACGAUUUAAAAUAUGAGUAUUUAGUUUCAGCCAAUGAAAAUGUUAAGUGGCGCAACCCGUGUAGAUAGGUAAACCUCCCAGUGUAAUGUUUAGAAGCCAAUUUUUACUAAAAUGUUGAUUCAUGUAUUACAAUUUUUAGAUUUAUAGCAAUAUUUUUCUGUUAAUAAAUUUAAAGUGACUAUAAGUACAAUAUUUACUAAAUUUAAACUGUAUUUAUAAUAAUUUUUUCCUAGGUUGUUAAGUCCUAUUGUGUAUUAACGAUACAAUUUACUGAUAAAAUAAAUCAUUUGUACUAAUAUUUAUUCUAGAAAAAACUUGCCAUAUUCAAAUUAAUAUGGAUAAAUAUAGAGUACACCAUACCUCUCUU